AUGUCUCGCCGCUCGCUCUCGUCUUCUCCUGACUCUUCGCCCCGGAUCUCGAAAAAGCGAAGACUCGAGUAUGCUCCUCUGACGGCGGAUGAUUACAAGGAUGGGGUGAUGUUAGCACCAAUGGUCAGGUCGGGCGCAUUGCCAACCCGACUUUUCGCUCUCAAGCAUGGCGCGAAGCUCGUCUGGGGGCCCGAAACUGUCGACAAGGCCAUCCUCCAUGCCACCCGCGAAGUAGAUCCCGUCACCGGCAUCGUGUCGUACAAUGGCGUGUCCCGCGCGAUCUUCACGACGCACCCCAUCGAGAAGCCCUUCCUCAUCUACCAGAUCGCAAGACGUUCCGGAAUCGACCUCAACUGCGGCUGUCCGAAACCGUUCUCAACGCACUCGGGCAUGGGUGCCGCUCUCCUCUCCACCCCGGACCUUUUAUGUUCCAUCCUGACCGCGCUACGCGAGGCAAUGCCACCAGAGAUCGCAAUUUCCGCCAAAAUCAGACUCUUGCCGAACCAGGAGGACACACUCAAGCUCGUUGAGCGCAUCGUCAACACCGGCAUAACGGCGCUCACCCGGCUGAGGGAGAUUGUCGAGUUCGUGGAAGGGAUGGGGAAAGGCAUUGCGGUCAUUGCGAAUGGGGAUUGCCAGGGAUACCAGGACGCGAACGGCGACCGCGGCGGAAGCGAACCCGACAUGUUUCUCCCCACACCUUUGACGGAUAUCCCUUCCAAUUUUGUCCCCGCUUACUUCCGUCUGUGA